AUGUGGUGCAAAAAACUUGUUCUGGAAAUUGUUUGCAGAUUACCUUUAGGCGAGAGAGAAUACUUUUUUCUACUAUUCUACAGAGUGCUCGGUUACUCUACUAGUAUUCUUUUCUUUUUUCAGACUGGAAAAUGUAUUUGUCGAGCUGGAUUCUAUGGCCCACUCUGUAAGAGGCAAUGUCCAAUUGGAUUUUAUGGUCCGAGUUGUGCCAAGAAGUGUCAGUGCGCCAACGGAUUUCGCUGUGACGCUGUCACGGGCGACUGCGCUAAGAAAUGUCCUCCUGGAUAUACUGGAGAAUCCUGUGAUACAGACGAACCCUGUUCGGGUGGAGUUCGAGCCCCACUUCAUUUUUUGUGCUCUGGUGGAUUCGUUGCAGAUUUCAGGUUUCAUGUUGCACUUAGUGCUGUUACAGUUUGUGCACCUGGUACCUAUGGCUACGAUUGCGAGCAACGUUGCAGUUGUUUCGAACCAGACCAACCGAAAGCAUGUCACCAUGUCACCGGCACCUGUUCAUGUCUUCCUGGACUUACUGGAGUGAUGUGUGAUACGCCCUGUCCGGCUGGUGCUUAUGGUCCGAACUGUGCAUACGAGUGUGCCUGUCAAAAUGGAGCGGAGUGCAACACCAAAGAUGGUUCCUGUAUUUGUCCACCUGGCUUCUAUGGAGCAAGUUGCAGCGAAGGUUAG